AUGAGGGACGUGUUCAACCCUCAGAACCAUGCCUACUUUGGGAAUAUAAUAAGGAAGGAGGUGGCUGCGCGAACCGCCUGGACUAUCCGCUAUGGACACAAGUACCUGAGAGAGGCGUCUGGGGCCAGGAAGCAGCCCCAGCAAGCCCCCUUUGGGUCAGUCUCGAAAGCAUGCCCAGCGCCUUCCACUGGCCCCCCGGUCAGAAAAAAGGAGGGAUGGUCGGAGGCCAGGGGGGUCCGGGACCAGCUGUUCAGGGCUGCGGGUGUCCAGGGAAACAGAGUGCAGCAGGUCAGAAUUGCUCCUCAGCACAGAGCACCCCAAGGCAGGCCGGAGGACUUAAAGAUGAAGCACCCUACCCCAGCCACCCUGAAGCUGCUCUUCCAGGGUACCUCCCAUGAUGGCCAGGGCCGGACCAUGUACCUCAAGGAGCGGAAUCGACUGAAACCAGAGGAGAAGUACAAGUACCCGAUGGUGUCUUCCUGGGAGUACGGCUGGCAUGUAGGGGAUGUCAUGGAGAACUACAAGAAUCCAGCUUUUGCCAGAACUUAUCCCAUCACAAAGUCAUUUUACAACAAAAAUGGCAUUUUCCAUAUUCCACGGCGAUCAGACAACAUCAUGUGA